AUGAUCUUCGGUCCAAUCGUGCUCUUUCUCGUCAAGCGGACGCCACGGCUGUUUGCACUCACGUUCAAUGCCAUCGCCAUUCUGUUGGCUGUGUUCGUGCUUCUGGGAUGCUACAACAGUCAACAGCAGUCCACCUUCCUCAGCCGCCUACAAUUUAACGCGCAGUCGCCGCUGUACACUGUGAUUGAAAAAUCGUUGCACGAGCGCACGAACACGACUGGGUUCGAGCAGCUCCGCAUCAAGGUCGGCUACCUCGGAGUGUGUCUCUCAAACCUUCCCGCCGCAUAUCCUGGCGGCCCGGUACAGUGCUUCGGGCGCAAGAACAUCACAGGCACUCCCCUCUACGAUGCUCUCGACCUCCGCGUCUUCAAUAUACCCGCUGCAGCCAACAGCUCCUCCCACACCGACCUGAACAUCCUCGGCCUUGCCCACGCAGCCGCCGCAGACAUUGACCACCCGUAUAUCUUCAUGAUCAGCAUCAUCCUUGCCAUUCUGAUGUUCUGCAUCCUACUUUACGUCACCGUACCUAUGCUGCCCUACAAGCGACCCCUGAACCUGGCACUGCUUGGACUCAGUCCGUUGGUCGUCGUGUUCCUUGCUUUCGGCUCCAUGUGGACCCACGUUGCCUGCAAUGCAGCUUCCGCAUUCAUACCCCCAGCAAGCAUGGGCGUAAUCAAGGUCCAUCGCGGCCGCAAGGCCACUGCCAUGGUCUGGUCCUGUUUUGUCUUUGUGCUGCUUGAUUGCAUCAUUAUCUGGGCCAUCUACUUCAGGGACCAGGCUCGUGACAAGAAGUCACGCGGCCAGGCUGAUUACGAGCGCUACGCGAACAGCGACUAUGCGAAGUACGCGCAAAGUGACCGUUCUACACUAGGUAAUAAGUAUUAG